GUUUGAAGAGUCUAAUUGCAGAGCCGUGCUGGUUUAAGGAUGGACUCUCCUUGGGUCUGGUCUCUGCUCUGCUCCUAUCUCAUCGCUGUCCUCUGUGAAACAACCCAAGGUCUGCCUCUGCUGAUGCCUUCAGGGGCCUUCAUCAGAGACACAGUGAUUCUGCGGUGUGUGGGACCCUCCAACAAAAACCUGCGCUUCUACAAAGAUGGAGUCAUUGUGAAAACAGACACAAACCAUCAGUUUAAACGAACAUCUGAAACAACAGUGGAGCUGAUGAUCGUCUCAGCCUCAGGAUCAGACCAGGGCUGGUACUUCUGUGGGAUGGAUGGACCAACACGGUAUACAGCAAAUAAACUUACAAUAUACACAGGUCUGCCUCUGCUGAUGCCUUCAGGGGCCUUCAUCAGAGACACAGUAUUUCUCCGGUGUGUGGGACCCUCCAACAAAAACCUGCACUUCUACAAAGAUGGAGUCAUUGUGAAAACAGACACAAACCAUCAGUUUAAACAAACAUCUGAAACAACAGUGGAGCUGAUGAUCGUCUCAGCCUCAGGAUCAGACCAGGGCUUGUACUCCUGUGGGAUGGAUGGAGCAACACUGGACAUAGCAAAAGCACUUACAAUAUACACAGACAGAAGUCGGAGUAUUAGGCUGAGUGCAGACAGUCUCCUCAUCCCAGAGAGUGGCUGGGUGAUGCUGAGCUGUGAGAUAGAAUUGAUUCAGAAAUAUCAAUGGAUCAGACGUACUUCCGCUCAUACUUAUCACUUUGAGAUCUUAAAUGAAGCUACAGCUAAAGUCUAUGUACAUCGUGGAGGUGUGUACUCCUGCAGAGGAGAAGAGGAGCUCAUUCUCACACCAGAAAGUGACUUUGUCACCAUUUGGGAAACUGUGUCAAACGGAGCAGUGGUGCAACCUGAGCCUGACUGGACAGAGGUGUUUGUAGGAGAGAGCCUGUCUCUCAGGUGUGAGGUGGAGGAUGAAGGAAACUCUCAGUGGAUUUAUGAAUGGAAGAGGACAGGAGUUGACUUACCUACAGCAACCAGAGAAUAUGCACUCUCCAAUGUGUCUGAGUCUGACAGUGGAGACUACAGCUGCAGAGGGACGAGAGGAGCAUAUCAGAGAACACAGUGGAGCCAGGUGACCAAGUUACAAGUGAUCGAUAAAGCCGUCCCUGUCGUCUCUGUGUCUCCGUCCUGGUUGAGUCCUGGUGCCUCUGUCUCUCUGAAUUGUGACGUUACAUCGCCCUCUGCAGGAUGGAGGUUUUACUGGUACCAGGCUGUUCCUCUUCCAUCAGGCCUGUACUCACAUGAACUGCUCAGUGGUGACACCUCAGGGACUGCACAUGCCUCCUUCAGUAUUCAUGGUCUGAGCAGCACAACCGGCUUUGUGUGUCGAGCUGCACGAGGGACAGACUUCUACACUGAAUACAGUCCACCGCAGUUUGUCUGGUCUGCAGAUGCUGGUUCCAGAGUGGCUCCAGAUGUGUUUCCUAAAAGCUCACAACACCUCACCAUGGACAAAGUGUCAGUGAGCUGUAGGCCCGGCUCGUCAGAUGAAGAGUGGAGAGUCCAGAUGUUUUCUCUGACCACAAAGUCCUUACAGCAGUGUCGCUCCCACACAACAGAACACACACAUACAUGUGAAUUUUCUGCACCUCCAGAGACCAGAGCAGUGUUCUGGUGUGAGUCUGGGACUGGACAAAUGUCUGAUGCUGUCAACAUCACCAUUCAUGAUGCUGUGGUCCUGUUGAUCCCGGCGCUCCCUGUGCCUGAGGGACAUGCCGUCUCUGUCACCUGUAAACUGAGACAUUCUGCUACUUUCUCCUUUGUCCAUUUCUAUAAAGAUGGACAAUUAAUCCAAAAAGAUUCUUCCAGACAAUACAACAUCUCUGCAGUGUCCAAGUCUGAUCAGGGUUCAUACAGAUGUGAGCUUCAGGACUCUGCACAAAAGGUCCUGACUUCUCCAGAGAGUUGGCUGUCUGUCACAUUGUCCAAGAAGAGGAGCUUUCCAGUUCAUGUGAUCGUGCUGGUUGUGGCUUGUGUGUUAGUUUUCAUUUUGAUCCUGCUUCUGAUUCUAUGGCUCUACAGAAACAAGAAAGGUGUGACUUUAGAAGCUCCAGACAAAACCCCGUGGCUCAGAGACUCUGUGACUGUGCGGUGUUUGGGGUCGGACAUAGACAUGGAAAAGAUGAGCCUCUACAAAGACGACAGACUGGUGACAGAAGAUGCCUCUCAUCAGAUCAGAAGGACAAACACCAGAGUGGAGCUGACGAUCAGCUCAGUGUCUGAUACAGAUUAUGGAGUUUACACAUGUGUGAGCAAUGACUGGAUAAUAUAUGGGCAGAGUCGUCAUAUUUGGAUACGGGCUUCCAGCUGGAUUGUACCAGACCAGGGCAGUGUGACUCUGGAAUGUUCUGUAGAGGACUUUGAAAACCCUCAGUGGCUCAGACGCUCUUCACUUAAUGCCCCUGACUUUGAAAUAUUGAAUGAGCACAAAACUAGAAUAAGUGUAACUCGUGGAGGAGUGUACUCCUGCAGAGGGGUGGAUACUCUGAUCAUAACUAAAGAAACUAAUGCGAUCGACAUUAUGGAGACUGGUCUGCCUCUGCUGAUGCCUUCAGGGGCCUUCAUUAGAGACACAGUGAUUCUGCGGUGUGUAGGACCCUCCAAAAAAUAUCUGCACUUCUACAAAGAUGGAGUCAUUGUGAAAACAGACACAAACCAUCAGUUUAAACGAACAUCUGAAACAACAGUGGAGCUGAUGAUCAUCUCAGCCUCAGGAUCAGACCAGGGCUUGUACUCCUGUGGGAUGGAUGGAGCAACACUGUACACAGCAAAUAAACUUACAAUAUACACAUACAGAAGUCGGAGUAUUAGGCUGAGUGCAGACAGUCUCCUCAUCCCAGAGCGUGGCAGGGUGAUGCUGAGCUGUUACAUAGAAUCGAUUCAGAAAUAUCAAUGGAUCAGACGUACUUCCACUCAUACUUCUCACUUUGAGAUCUUAAAUGAAGCUACAGCUACUAUCGCUGUACAUCGUGGAGGUGUGUACUCCUGCAGAGGAGAAGAGGAGCUCAUUCUCACACCAGAAAGUAACAUUGUCACUAUUUGGGAAAUUGUGUCAAACGGAGCAGUGGUGCAACCUGAGCCUGACUGGACAGAGGUGUUUGUAGGAGAGAGCCUGUCUCUCAGGUGUGAGGUGGAGGAUGAAGGAAACUCACAGUGGACUUAUGAAUGGAGCAGGACAGGAGUUGACUUACCUACAGCAACCAGAGAAUAUGCACUCUCCAAUGUGUCUGAGUCUGACAGUGGAGACUACAGCUGCAGAGGGAGAGGAGCAUAUCAGAGAACACAGUGGAGCCAGGUGACCAAGUUACAAGUGAUCGAUAAAGCCGUCCCUGUCGUCUCUGCGUCUCCGUCCUGGUUGAGUCCUGGUGCCUCUGUCUCUCUGAAUUGUGACGUUACAUCGCCCUCUGCAGGAUGGAGGUUUUACUGGUACCAGGCUGUUCCUCUUCCAUCAGGCCUGUACUCACAUGAACUGCUCAGUGGUGACACCUCAGGGACUGCACAUGGCUCCUUCAGUGUUCAUGGUCUGAGCAGCACAACCGGCUUUGUAUGUCGAGCUGCACGAGGGACAGACUUCUACACUGAAUACAGUCCACCGCAGUUUGUCUGGUCUGCAGAUGCUGGUUCCAGAGUGACUCCAGAUGUGCUUCCUAAAAGCUCACAACACCUCACCAUGGACAAAGUGUCAGUGAGCUGUGGGCCCGGCUCGUCAGAUGAAGAGUGGAGAGUCCAGAGGUUUUCUCUGACCACAAAGUCCUUACAGCAGUGUCGCUCCCACACAACAGAACACACACGUACAUGUGAAUUUUCUCCACCUCAAGAGGCCAGAGCAGUGUUCUGGUGUGAGUCUGGGACUGGACAAAUGUCUGAUGCUGUCAACAUCACUGUUCAUGAUGCUGUGGUCCUGUUGAUCCCGGCGCUCCCUGUGCCUGAGGGACAUGCCGUCUCUCUCACCUGUAAACUGGGACAUUCUGCUGCUUUCUCCUUUGUCCAUUUCUAUAAAGAUGGACAAUUAAUCCAAAAAGAUUCUUCCAGACAAUACAACAUCUCAGCAGUGUCCAAGUCUGAUCAGGGUUCAUACAGAUGUGAACUUCAGGACUCUGCACAAAAGGUCCUGACUUCUCCAGAGAGUUGGCUGUCUGUCACAUUGUCUGAGAAGAGGAGCUUUCCAGUUCAUGUGAUCGUGCUGGUUGUGGCUUGUGUGUUAGUUUUCAUUUUGAUCCUGUUUCUGAUUCUAUGGCUCUACAGAAACAAGAAAGAUCCAAUACAACCAAUCAGACGUCUGCUGGAGAUCAUGUGA